UACGAAACGGCGAAGGCUUAUUCCUACAUUUUGCGGGUCAAGAAAAAAAACUCUUUUUUUCUUUUGCUGUUGCCCCCCUUCACCCUCAUCGAUCAUGGCUGAAAAAACUGGAGAACCCGGAAUGACGAGCAAGGACUACUACUUUGACUCGUAUGCCCACUUUGGCAUUCACGAAGAAAUGUUAAAGGACGAAGUGCGAACGCUGUCGUACCGAUCGGCGAUCUACAACAACAAGCACUUGUUCAAGGACAAGAUCGUACUUGACGUCGGAUGCGGCACCGGUAUUCUCUCAAUGUUUGCAGCCAAGGCAGGAGCCAAGCAUGUCUAUGGUAUUGACAUGUCCAACAUUAUCAUCCAAGCCCGCGAAAUUGUCAAGGACAACCACCUUUCAGACAAGGUUACUUUGAUCCAGGGAAAGAUGGAGGAAGUCAAGCUGCCGGUUGAUAAGGUCGAUAUCAUUAUCUCGGAAUGGAUGGGCUACUUUUUGUUGUACGAGUCCAUGUUGGAUACUGUGUUGGCAGCUCGAGACAAGUUCUUGGCUCCUGGCGGUGCUUUGUUCCCUGACAAAGCUACCAUGUUCCUUGCUGCUAUCGAAGAUGGUGAAUACAAGGAGGAAAAGAUCGACUACUGGGAUAAUGUGUACGGAUUCGACUAUUCGUCAAUCAAGAAGCUUGCCAUCAAGGAACCUUUAGUGGACACCGUUGAAGCCCGUGCCGUUGUGUCGAGCCCCUGCGCUUUCAAGGAAAUCGAUCUCAACACGGUGCAAAAGGACGAUUUGACAUUCGAAGCACCCUUCAAGCUGACCGCUGCUCGUGAUGACUUUGUGCACGCCUUUAUUGCUUGGUUCGAUGUCGGAUUUACCCAGUGCCACAAGCCUAUCUGGUUCUCCACCGGCCCACAAGCAAGAUACACCCAUUGGAAGCAGACCGUAUUCUAUACACCCGACUCUUUGACCGUCAAGACGGGUGAUUCAAUCGAAGGACGGUUAUCCUGCGCACCCAACAAGCGAAACCCAAGAGAUCUCGAUAUCCAUAUCGAUUAUGAGUUUGAAGGUCAACACGGCCAUGUUUCGCAGUCUUGCGAUUUCAAAUUGUCGUAAACAAGAAAACAAAAUCAUUUUCUGUCUAUUUAUUUCAUCUGUUGUGUUUUUUUUUCAUUCUUUCAUCCAUGCACUGUAUAAAAAAAAGGAGUAAAUCAUAUUUUGCAUCAAAACAC